AUGCUCAUAGAGGACGAUUCCAUAUACCUCUACCACCUCACUUUGCGAAGUCCUAGUUUGAGCCAGUACUCACUUCUUGGUCAGUUUUUAGGAACCAAGAAAUCUCAAGAACUUCUACUUGCAAAUUCCACCUUCAUUGAAUUAUGGAAACCAAAUUCAGACACUGGUAAAGUCCAGAAGAUAUUGGUUCAAAACACCUUGGGCAUUAUACAGUCUGUGGGUGCUUUGAGGCUUCCAGGGUCCCAAAAAGACUUUCUCGUGAUAACCUCAGACUCGGGGAAUAUUGUCAUUGCAGAAUAUGAUGAACUAUCGAAUAAUUUCAUUCCCAGAGUCCAAGAGCCUCAUUCUAAGAAUGGAUUCAGGAGAAUAACACCGGGUGAAUACUUAAGCAUUGAUCCACAUAAUAGAGCCGUGAUGAUUUCGGCAAUUGAAAAGAAUAAAUUGGUGUAUAAGGUUAGCUCCAAUGCCGAAGGGCAAAUUGGACUAUCCUCACCCCUUGAAGCAUCAACGAGAGAAUUGUUGACUCUUCAAACAUGUGCUCUUGAUACUGCCUUUGAUAAUCCAAUGUUCGCAGCAAUAGAAAUUGACUAUAGCGAAUAUGAAAGCCAAGACGGUUCCUCCUCCAAUAGAUAUGACCCACAGAAUUCUCCAUUGAUUUUGAAUUAUUAUGAAUUAGAUCAAGGAUUGAACCAUAUCGUGAAAAAGAAGGCAAAUGGUUUGAUACCCGCAUCUUCCACUUGUCUCAUUCCGUUACCAGGUCACAUUGGUGGUCUUUUGGUUAGUUGUAAGUCAUUUUUAAUAUAUGAUCACUUACAAAGAGAGCGAUUAUAUCUUCCAUUGCCAAUUCGUGAAGGUUCUAGUGAAACUAUCAUAACUUCGCAUGUCACUCAUAAGCUAAAAAAGAAUAACUUUUUCAUUUUAUGUCAAAGUUCCUUGGGUGACUUAUUUAAGAUCACAGUGGAUUAUAAUGAAGCUGAAGAAAAGAUUGAAUGCAUAUCUGUCAAAUAUUUUGAUACAAUACCCUUUUCCAACUCUUUGAACAUAUCUAAAAGUGGUUUCCUUUUUGCUAAUUCGUCCAAUAAUAAUAAGCAUUAUUAUCAAUUCGAAGACUUAGCAGAAGAUGACGAUGAAACUACUUUAAAAUCUUCGGGGAUUAAAGAUAGCGAUAUUGCAAAUUAUCCUUUAGAUUCUCGUUUAUUCAACGUGAAAGCUUUGGAAAAUUUGGCUUUAGUUGAUUUCAUAGAAACCUUACAUCCGGUGAUUGAUGCUACUUUAUUAGAAACAAAAAAUAACUUAACCCCAGACCCAUCAUAUCAAAUCCUCACUUUAUCUUCACACUCUUAUUUGAAAAAGCUAACUUAUGGAUUUCCCACAUCAACCAUUGUAUCUGAACCAUGUCCUAAAUUAGUACCAACAUCUGUUUUCACAACAAAGAUAAACUUUGAAUCUACGGAUGAUCAAUAUCUUAUUCUUUCUUCAAGUUUAUCAUCCGAGACCUUGGUUUUUUCCAUUGGUGAAGAUAUUGAUUUAGUUGAUGAUUCUGAGUUCGUCACAAGCCAAAAUACAAUUGCAGUUCAACAAAUUGGUAAAUCUUCCAUAGUACAGGUUCAUGCAGAUGGUAUAAGGCAUAUCAAACAUAUUCAAGAUGGUGAUAUCAUUAAAAAAAAAACUACUGAUUGGGUGACUCCAGGAGGUAUAUCUAUCUUGAAGGCAGGUACGAAUAACGAACAAGUUAUCAUUGGAUUGUCAAAUCGUGAAAUCCGUUAUUUUGAAGUUGACCCAGUAGAUGACCAAUUAAAAGAAUAUGGGGAUACACUUGAAAUAUCUAGUGGUAAUAUAACUUCAUUGGCAAUUUCUCCCAUAUUAGAUUCUGGUAAUCGUAAAUCACCAUAUGCAAUUGUUGGCAGUUCCGACGAAACAGUCCAGGUAAUAUCAUUAUUAGAUCAUAAUAUGCUUGAAGUUUUGACUAUUCAAGCACUUUCUGCCAAUUCUUCUUCAAUUCAGAUUUUAACACAUGAACGUAAUACGUAUGUCCAUAUUGGUAUGGAAAAUGGUCUUUACGUCAAAACUCUUAUUGAUGAUAUCACAGGGAAGCUCUCAGAUAGCAGAAUUAAAUAUUUGGGCUCAAUGCCAGUUCAAUUAUCGACCAUUGGAUUGCCCCAAAUAGAUCAAACUGGUGUUUUAGCGAUUUCUUCAAGACCGUGGAUAGGAUAUCAUAAUAAAGGAGCGUAUAAUAUAGCUCCCUUAAUGGAUACUUCGAUGAAUACUGCGGUAUCAAUUCAUUCCGAAGCUUUAGGAGGUGAUGGUAUAGUUGGAAUUUCAGACGGAAGGCUUACUAUAUUAACACUUAAUGACGGCGCUGGGGAGGAAGCUGUAUUUGAUCUUGAUAAUGAUUUCACUGUAAGUAGUUUACCAUUAAGAUAUACUCCAAAGAGAAUGAUAACAGAUAAGUCCACAUCUGGAACUCUAAUCCAUGUUAUAGAAGCAGAGUAUGGUAUUAAAUCACCUUUUCCAAAGACAAUUCUUCAAUCCAAUAAGGAAGAUACGGAACAAGACGGUGUUGACCAAGAUUACUACCAAGCUUUCGGAUAUGAAAAAUCGGAAGGUAGUUGGGCAUCCUGUGUUCAGACUAUUGACUACGAUAAUAAUUCAAUUAUCCAAAGCAUUGAGUUUGGAAAUAACCAGGCAGCAACAUCAUUAUGCCAAGUCUCUUUUGAAUCGCAUCCUAAUAAAGAAUACUUAAUUAUUGGAGUGACGGAAGAUCAAAGAUAUUUGCCAAACCUGACUUCGAAGAAUUACUUAUUCACUUUUGAAAUCAAAAAGAAGAAACAUGAUCAAGCAAACUUAGAAUUUGUUCAUGAAACCUCAAUUGAGGGACCACCUACUGCAAUCAUACCUUUUAAGGGUAAGCUUUUAGUUGGUGUGAAAAAUUAUCUUCGUUUAUAUGAUCUUGGGCAACGUCAGCUUUUACGUAAGGCAUCUUCAACCAUAACACAUUUGACGACCAUCGUUAAGUUAAUUCAUCAAGGUGGAGAUGUAGUUGUUAGUGGAGAUGCACGUCAUUCAACUACAUUCAUCAAAUAUGAUUCUAUAACCAAUCAAUUCAUCCCUUUUUGUGAUGAUAUAAUGCAAAGACAAAUCACUGCACUCGCCACCUUGGAUUCUCAUACAAUUAUUGGAGGUGAUAAGUUUGGGAACUGUUUUGUUUCAAGAUUAUCAAAUAGUGCUUUACAACAGAUUACUGAUGAUAUAAAUUUGAGAUAUCAAGAGAGUCAUCUCAAUGGAUCAUCAUCAAGAUCUAGAAAUCUUUGUGAAUUUUAUUUACAAGAUAUCCCUACUUCAUUUUUUAAAGGAAGUAUGACAGUGGGAGGUUUAGAUAGUAUUUUUUAUACUGGGCUACAAGGCACAAUUGGUAUGUUAAUGCCUGUGAUUACAAAAUCUGAAAUUGAAAUGUUGAGCAAGUUGGAAACCUUGUUAAGAGAAUUUUUCAGUGUUAAUUUUGAUGAUUUUGAUAAAGAUAAAAAUGGUUAUAAUUUACUUGGAAAAGAUCAUUUAACCUUUAGAAGCUAUUAUAAUCCAGUUAAAAAUGUUAUUGACGGUGACUUUAUUGAAAAAUUCUACGAACUAAACAUUUCUCAAAAAAUUAAAAUAUCGACAGCUUUGGAUAGGACUCCAAAAGAAAUAGAAAAGAAAAUAUCUGAUUUACGAAUUAGAUCUGCAUUUUAA